AUGCCGCCGCGCCGCCGCCCACCCUCCGGCUACCACGGCGUCCGGGCGCGGCCGAGCGGCCGAUUCGACGCGGAGAUCCGUUCCGGCGAGGAGCGGAUCCGCCUCGGCACCUUCGACAGGGCGCACGAGGCGGCGCGGGCCUACGACGCCGUCGCGUGGCGGCCGGGCCGCAGCCGCCGCGCGAUGAACUUCCACGACGUGUUCACGCGCGAGCAGCGCCUGCUCAUCGCCGAGCGCGAUGAGGCGCUCUGCGUUGAAUGGGCGUGCCGCUUCCCGGAGGACGUCGCCGCCACGACGGCCUUCUACGCGGAGAAAGAGAAGAAGGAGGAGGAGAAGGCGGCGGAGAAGGCGAAGAAAAAAGCUUCACGCGAGAAGCGCCGCGCCGAGUCCGCGGCGAGGAAGGCGGCGAGGGCCGCGAAGGCGGCGAGGAAGGCGGAGGAAAAGAAGAACGGCGCAGGGCUGUCGACGAUCGUCCUCUCCUCCUCCUCCUCCUUCGAGUGGACGACGACGUCGGUGUCGGAGACGACUCCGAGCAGCUCGGACUUCGACUGGGACUCCUCCGAGUAG